ACCCUGGUGGCCCCAUGACUCGACUGGCCUCUGUGCUUGUGUGUGUGUGUCCCUCUGCUUUUUCUCGGGGAGCCCCUUCAGGACGCAGAUGCUCCAUCUCCAGCUGGGAGAAGGCCUCUGUCUGAUGCUGGAACUGCAAUAAGGGAGAGAGGUACACAAAUAAAGGAUAACGUAUUUUAUGAAACAAAUCUUUGAUCAAGUUAACAUUUUGAUGCUUGGCAUCUAGACUCCCUUGUGCCCUCACUAUGCCAGCAGCAACUGUAGAUCAUAGCCAAAGAAUUUGUGAAGUAUGGGCUUGCAACCUGGAUGAAGAGAUGAAGAAAAUCCGUCAGGUUAUUCGAAAAUACAAUUAUGUUGCUAUGGACACAGAGUUUCCAGGUGUUGUUGCAAGACCCAUUGGAGAAUUCAGGAGCAAUGCCGACUAUCAAUACCAACUAUUGCGCUGCAAUGUAGACUUGUUAAAGAUAAUUCAGCUAGGACUGACUUUUAUGAAUGAGCAAGGAGAAUACCCUCCAGGAACUUCAACUUGGCAGUUUAAUUUUAAAUUUAAUUUGACGGAGGACAUGUAUGCUCAGGACUCCAUAGAACUACUCACAACAUCUGGUAUCCAGUUUAAAAAACAUGAAGAGGAAGGAAUUGAAACACAAUACUUUGCAGAACUUCUUAUGACAUCUGGAGUGGUCCUCUGUGAAGGGGUCAAAUGGUUAUCAUUUCAUAGUGGUUAUGACUUUGGCUAUUUAAUCAAAAUCCUGACCAACUCUAACUUGCCUGAAGAAGAACUUGACUUCUUUGAGAUUCUACGAUUGUUUUUUCCAGUCAUUUAUGAUGUGAAGUACCUCAUGAAGAGCUGCAAAAAUCUAAAAGGUGGUUUACAGGAGGUUGCCGAACAGUUAGAGCUGGAACGAAUAGGACCACAACAUCAAGCAGGAUCUGACUCAUUGCUCACAGGAAUGGCCUUUUUCAAAAUGAGAGAAAUGUUCUUUGAAGAUCAUAUUGAUGAUGCCAAAUAUUGUGGUCAUUUGUAUGGCCUUGGCUCUGGUUCAUCCUAUGUACAGAAUGGCACAGGGAAUGCAUAUGAAGAGGAAGCCAGCAAGCAGUCAUGACAUGAAAUAGUCCUUUAUUUUUAUCUUAUUUCAGCUAUACACAUGCUUGUAUAUAGGUUUUUAUCUCUGGUUGAUCCUUUGAACAUAGACAAUACUUUUUUCUCAUAGUCCAUUUUAUUUUCUAGCGCUCGGUAUGACUAUUCCUAUCUCAGAUCUUAAUAAAUAGAAAAGUAUUCAGGUUAAAUUUGGCCUUAAUAUACUUGUUAGCAGGUGUUUGAAUGGGAAAAUACGUCAUACUGAAUAUUUUGAUAAACUAUCUACCUGAGCUUGGUUUGUUUUCUCCCCUUUCCUAAAUUAACUAGCACUGAUUGUAACUUAUUCCCCUAUUUCAUGUCUCCCUUCCAUUCUACAGGAGUUUAGAUAUUGGAGAUUGUGGACCAUCAAUUUUGCACUUUAGAGAGUGAUUCCUAACACACAUCCUCUGUUUUAUUAGAAAACUUGGGCCUUCUUAGCUGGAAAAAUGACCAUCUGCCAACUAAACACAGUAUUUACUUGUUUUUGACCCAUGAAAUAGCACAUGCAUGUGCAGACGGUUAAUUCACCAAGAUUACAAAAGACAAACUACUGAGGAACUUAGUAACUGCUGUUUUCUGUAUGUAGUGUUUUAAGCUUUCAAAUACAUCUAGUGUCUGUCAGUUUCAAAAUGGCAUGUGCAGGCUGCUCUGUGACUGAACCAUUUUUCAAACCAGCUUUACACCCUUCAGGAAAAUCCCUUGUGAUUGGAUGUUGAAUAACUGCCAGGAAACUGGUAUCCCAGAUGUUGAAGCUGCAGUCAUAAUAGCACACUUCCUUUGAUUUAUUUUUUGUUCCAUCACUGUUAACCUUUAUUUUUAAAUUCUUCUUUAAUUUUAUAGCCAUACUUAUGAUGCUCUUGAUUUGUUGAUUACACAAAUCAAUUCCAUUAAAGUCCAAAGAUAAUAAGUAUUUAGGUAUAUUUUGUACCAAAUUAGAAGACAAAAAGUUGUGCUUUCAUAGUAGCAGAUUAAAGUAAUGGAGAGAUUUGGUGCAAAACAACAAAAUACAAAAACUAUAUAGCUAUAUAAGAUGACCUGAGGAGUGUAAUGCUUGUUUAUUUUUUUGUGUAUAUCUUUGCAAUCUAUUUUAUAUAUAUUGACAAAAGAGACUGUGAAAUAUUUAGCCAUGCAGGAUAUGUGACCAGACCAGAGCAUGUGUAUGAGGACUUUCUGGCAAUCAUUACCUUUACCCUGAAAUGAUGGACUGCAAGUUAUGAUGUGUUAUCUACACUUCAAUCAGUACAUUAGCAAAUCUCCAAAUGUUAGCCACAUUGGUUUUGUUUCUUGUACAUUCUCUAUUCAUGAUAGUACAAUGCUGUAACUGGGUGGUCCUUUUUGAACAUUAUUUGCAAAACAGAGGGUAUUAUUUGUUUUUAAAGCUUUUGUAAAUAAAGGCUUCAGAAAAGUUUUCAUAUAUAUGUUGAUGAUUGGUAUUUUUUUAAAGAAAUAUUUAUUUGGUGUAUUGUUAUUGUUUUACUUGGUUUUAAUUUGGGCAGUUGAACAUAGAACACCAUAAAUCAAUCAGAGCCUCUGUAUUUCAGCAGUGUUGGCUUAUUUUCUAAUACCUCAACUAGAUUCUAAGGAUUUGUACUUCUACUUUUCAGGAAUGCAUUUAUUCUGAAAGACAAAGUAAAUGUAUUUGAUAGAAUUACUGUGAUGUCUUUAAAACUAACACAUAAUUGAUUUGAUUUUAACCUUUCUAUCCUUAAAAGGAAUUAUGAAAAUUGCCUUUUAACAAUCUGAAUUAACUAACCUUCAAUUACUAAAUUUUAUAACUUGUAUUGAUUUUGGUUUUUGAGUUUAAAAAGUAGAAAUAUUUUAUAUUGUCUGUACAAGGAGCAUUAUUUCCUUUACUGAAUCCAGCUUUUGGGUAUAAACAUACUAAGCUGAUUACUUUUUAGUGUUCCUGAGCCAAUUUGAAUGUUCUGUUAAAUCUUUUACAGCAAAGGUCAGAAACUGGUCUUUAGGCCAAAACCUGCUUGCUUCCUGUUUUUAUGGUGAGAUGAGGUUGGUACUUAUAGUUUUAAAAUAAUUGGGAUAAGGGGGAUACAAAUAAUAUUUCCUGGUGUGACAAUUCUAUGAAAUUCAAAUUUCAGUGUCCAUGAAUAAAGUUUUAUUGGAAUGCA